AUGACCAACAACGCCAUGAUCGGUGGCACGGGAGGACAAACGGCAGUGAACAAUAACAUCCAGAACGUGCCCGCCGCCGCCGCAUCCCCCUCCUCCUCACACUGGUACCCGGUCUCGAUGAUGGACACGACCGUGUUCGACGCAGGCGCGCAGAGAAUGCCGCUCAACCUCUCCGAGCCGGUCAUCUGGUCUUCGCAGUUCGUCAACGCGCAGUACAAUCCAUUCUUCGGCAACGCCACCGCCGAGUUGGAGGACUUGUGA